AUGAUGAUGCAGCAUUUAGCGACUGUUUUCGCCGCGUUCGCCGUCGCCUCAGCCCUGGCCACCCCUGCUCCUGUGCCAACGCCAGCACCGAGGCUGGAAGACGCUGUCGCCAGGAGAGCUAACUCGUGCACGUUCAGCGGGUCGGACGGGCAUGCAUCUGCUAGCUCAUCCAAGGCCGUCUGCUCUACUAUUGUGCUCUCCGCACUGAAUGUUCCCGCCGGUGUGACUCUGGAUCUGGAUGGCUUGAACGAUGACACAACGGUCGUCUUCGAAGGCAACACCACGUUCGCCUAUAGCGCGUGGGCUGGGCCAUUAUUCGCCGUUAGUGGAAACAAUAUAACCGUCCGGGGGGCAGAGGGCUCGACUUUGGAUGGACAGGGCGCCUUGUAUUGGGACGGCAAAGGUGGCAGUGGAGGCGUCACAAAGCCAAAAUUUUUCCGGGCAAACCACAUGAACGACUCGAUUCUGGACUCAAUAACUAUCCACAAUGCACCCAGGAACUCGUUCAGCUUGAACUUCGUCAAUAAUCUGCUGGUGAAGGACGUGACCAUAGAUGAUUCAGCCGGCGAUGCUUUGGGCAAGAACACGGACGGGUUUAACAUUAACAACGCCGAUGGCGUGACCAUCACCGGUGCCAAGGUGUGGAACCAGGACGACUGCGUCGCCAUAAACUCGGGCAAGAACAUUCUUUUCACGAACGGCUUCUGCUCCGGCGGGCACGGCCUGUCGAUCGGCUCUGUCGGGGGCCAGGACAACGACAACGUUGUCCGCAACGUGACUUUCAGCGACAGCGUUAUGGAGAAGUCACAGCAGUCGGUGAGAAUAAAGACCAUUUCCGGCGCCAACGGUACGGUGGAUGGCAUUACAUAUCGCAACAUUGCCAUGAGCGGCGGUACCGAUUACGGUAUCAUUGUCAUGCAGUCGUACAACGGCGUGGACGGCCAGCCGACGAAUGGGGUCAGCGUCACUAACUUCGUACUGCAGAACGUCACGGGUACGGUGGAGAGUGACGCUGUGAACACCUACAUCGAAUGUGGCGAGGGAAGCUGUAGAGACUGGACGUGGACGGACGUUUCCGUCAACGGCGGCAGGACCAGCGCAGAUUGUAUGAAUGUGCCCAGUGGAAUCUCAUGCUGA